GGCCCAGCCACUCGCGGGCUCCUUCUCUGGGUCUCCGGUUUGCAAAACGCGCCAAAGAACCAUGCGAAAGACCUCAUGGAUCCCAAUUCUUUACUCUUCCUCUUCCUACCCGACCCAGGCCCAUUUCUUGGUGUCUGCAAAUGGAAGCCACAGCCCGCCAAGACAGAAGUGCCUGCCCAAGUUGGACAUCAUGUUCAUGAAAACUCACAAGACAGCCAGCAGUACCAUCCUCAACAUCCUCUUCUGCUUCGGGGAGAAGCACCGCCUCAAGUCUGCCUUCCCCAACGGGCGCAACAACUUCUACUACCCCUCCUUCUUUGAACGAAGCCAAGUGCAGGACUAUCGUCCCGGCAUGUGCGUCAACAUUGUUUGCAACCACAUGCGCUUUCAGUACAAGGAGGUGCGCAAGCUGCUGCCGGCCGACACCAUCUUCGUGACGGUGCUGCGGGACCCUGCCUACCUCUUUGAAUCCUCCUUCCACUACUUUGGACGCAUCAUUCCCUUGACGUGGAAGCUCUCGGGGGAGGAUAAACUGGCCGAAUUGCUGAGAGACCCUUGGCAUUAUUCCGAUCCCAAUGGGUUCAAUGCUCACUACCUACAGAAUCUCCUUUUCUUCGACAUGAUAAUACCAUGAAUUCUAACAGCUCCUUGGUUGACCAGUACAUCCGUGAGAUCGACCAGCGCUUUCACCUGGUCAUGCUGUUGAAGUACUUCGAUGAAUUCUUGGUGCUUAUAAAGGACUUGCUAUGCUCGGAGUUGCUCAAGUGUCCUAUGCUUCCUCCUCUUGCUCACUACUACAACUCAGCCUCCCAUUCAAGAGGACGGCCAGCAAAUACGGGAGCUUGACUUGAACAGGGGGGAAAAAGGAACUGUGGCCCCCUCCCCAUCCAGGUCUGCAGUGCGGAUUCUGCUCAACUGCGUGAGCUAAGAGCCAAGCAAACAAACAAUGGUUCUGGUGCUCUGGCCACUUCUCGGGGUCUGCCCCGGAUGGCCCAGCCACUCGCGGGCUCCUUCUCUGGGUCUC